GCAUCCACUUAACCUGCCCUUUACCACUUCGUUCGACCGUCUUUGCUACUUCAUCCCACCACCCAACUACUCGUAACAAAAUGAAGUUCUCACACGUUUUGCCGCUGGCGGCAUUGAGCACGGCUCUGGUUGUGCCACCGCAGGAAGUCUUCGAGAAUGUAGCUAUUGAAGACAAUCACCGCCAAAGCGGCUGGUACCAGGAGGUGAAGGAGACCGAGAAUGAGAUCCUCUCCGGCUUCAAAAAGCACUUCAACGAAGUGACCGAGACUUCCAAGAACGCCUGGAACAAGCUCGCCUUGAGCUCCAAGAGUGCACUUGAUCAGGCAUGGGAGACGGCCACGGAGACCGCAGAGGUUGCAAAGGACAAGGUCCAUGAAACUGCUUUUGACAUGGAGUCAUGGUUGUCAUCAGAGGCAAACAGCUUGUACGAGUCUCUCGAUGACCCGCACCACGGUCCUCCCCAUGAUGGCCCGCCACACGACGGUCCUCCACAUGACGGUCCCGGCCACCACCCACACCACCCGCCACACCACGGCAAGCCGAACAUGACCGUCUACCAGCUCAUCAACGAGUCCAAGUACACGACCAAGCUUGCCAAGCUCAUCAACAAGUUCCCGGAAAUUGCCAAGGGCUUGAACAGCACCGAGCACAACUACACCAUCUUCGCUCCGUCCGAUAAGGCUUUCGAGAAAAUUCCAGAGCACGCCCCUGAGCCCGACGAGGAGAAGCUCAAGCAGAUCCUCAGCUACCACGUCGUCGAUGGCUUCUACCCCGCUGGCCGUGUCCUCAAGACGCACACGGCACCCACUUACCUCAAGGUCGACUCUCUGGCCUCCGAGCAGAAGCCGCAGCGCGUGGCCUUCAAGAUCACCCUCCGUGGCCUGACCGUCAACUUCUACAGCCGCAUCGUCGCCGUCGACAUCUUCGGCACCAACGGUGUCAUCCACGGCGUCGACACGCUCCUCAUCCCACCACCAAACGUCAUCAAGGUCAUUGACCUCCUGCCAACUGAGUUCAGCACCCUCGAGCUCGGUCUCGGAAAGACCGGUCUGCUUGAGACCCUCAACACCACCGAACACGCCGGUGGCACCUUCUUCGCGCCUUCCAACUUCGCCUUCCAGAAGCUUGGCCCGCGGAUCAAUGCCUUCCUCUUCUCCCAGGUCGGCCUCAAGUACCUCAAGGCUCUCCUCGAGUACCACGUCGUGCCGGACAACACCCUUUACAGCGACGCCUACUACAAGGCGGGGACGUCCGAGCAGGAUGUACCCAAGGGUCUCUUCCAUGUCGACCUACCGACCAUGCUCGAGGAUCACAGCCUGGCCGUCGAUAUCGCCCGCUACGGUGGUUUCAUCACCAUGAAGGUCAACGCCUUCGCACGCGUUGUCGUACAGGAUGGCAUUGCGGAGGAUGGCGUGAUCCAGGUUGUCUCGGAUGUGCUUGUGCCGCCGAAGAAGCUUGGAGGAGCUGCCAGUGAGAAGGUCGAAUACUGGAGCGGCGAGGACAUGAGUGUAGAGGAGUUCAAGGAACGCCUUGAGCCCUACAUCCAGCAACAUGACUUGUAGUCUCGACAUUAGUCUUGACUGCAUGAUUGGUGUUGGCGACACUGUAAUAUAAUGCAGCUAGAAGCUUGUAGCAUAGCACACAACAAAUGACGUGCACUAGAACGCUUUACCUGCACACGCCAUCUGAGAUGUCCAAUUUACAUUCAUCCGGCCAUCUCGUAGCGAAUCCUGGAAAAUCGCAAGCAACAUACACAAGCCAUGUGCGUGUUGAAUCAAAUCGGCAGGCAGUACAUAUAUGGUAUGAUCGGCUAGUGAUUCAUGUUCGAACACGGUACACUUCAAUGGUGGCGAAAGGACGUGAUUAAUAGGCGUGAAAUGACCAGUGUGGCGAUUAGCUUUUCGUUGUAUUCAUUCGCAUGUGAUCAAGUCUACAACCGUCUUUCCAUCGGGCUUUGGGAUAUCAGUAACCGUCCAUUGAUUGAAGCACCAUUGCAUCAUCUAGUACCUAUGGCCGCAGCCGGUUUACAGCACGCUAUUCGGGUAUCAAG